AUGCCUCCGCUCGCAUUCCUCUGCCGCUACCUCCCCGCGAGGUUCAUGCUCGCCUCCACUUCAUCGCUUCAAGGAAUCGAGUGUCUGUUAUCGAUCCUGAGUUGCGUCUGUCUGUUUGUUUCCCUGAGCAAAGGCUUCUCGCGCGCCCUCGGUUGGUGGAGAGCCCCAAGCCUCCUCCUACUGCCUUUAGUGCUCCACAAGUUCGUUGCGUCUCAGCUCUUCAACCACGGCGACGGCACAGCGAAAGAGGCUUGUUACCCCAACCCGGCGCAGGCAUUUCAGGCUGAGAACAAGCAACCGGAAGAAGCACUGGACUACGCAUCCACGUUUGCCAUUAUUUCCUCUCCUAUGAUUAAGUUGAUCGAAACUUUUGCUGGUUUUUGUAAGGCUCAGAGAGCUGCCUAUAGAGAGAAGGUGCUAAUUGAAGCAGAGAAACAGUUUCAGGACGAUUUCAAUUUUUUGAAGGAAAAGUUAUUAGUUGAUUUUGGCCAAUUAGUGGAUGUCCAACGUAUUGACAGUAUUUGCCAAGUUAUGUGCGACAAGUUCAAGGGUUGUUGUUCGGUUUGCAAGACAAGGUGCAUUGAAGCUGUAGUCGAUUCUGUGAAAAUUAUGGUUGAAGCAAUGUCUAUCAAGCAUCAGGAGAUUUUGAAUUCCAUAGACCCUCUAGUGAAAACGAUGGCUGUUAAGUCAAAUGAGAAAUACACCCAUACUGAUAUCAAUGUGCAACCAGCUAUUGUUAAGUCAGAUGAGAAAGUCGUUGUUGCGGACAUUGUUGAGUCAUCUGAUAGGAAAGGUCUUGGUGUGGGUACUAGCAAUCCACUGGUAACAGUGCCCAUACAUCUGAACACACCAGUCGUUUACAGGUCGGAUGCAAAUACUGCAACUUCUGUGAAGCCCCCAGCGGAGCGUGUUCAUCCACUCAAUAAGCGAUUCCAUUUCUCCAAAACUGACAAGUUGGGUCGCUUUCCACGUACAAACCUCUUCUCACCUGUGGGUCUUUUUGACCUCCACAUUUCAGAUGAUGAAAGUGACCACAAAAAAAAUACUGCACCUGAUAAUGCUAUAUGUCCACAUGGGUCAGAUGUCAUUCCAAUCGGGUUAGGUCAUUCUGCUUUGCCUACAUGCACCCAUGGUGUUCACCCUACUCCUCCCAAUGUUGUAUUACAACCUUUAGUUAAGUCACAUGCAAAUUCCUCUAGAAGCCUUAUUGAGUUGUGUCCUGAAAGUGAUACAACAGCAGUAGCCAACAUUGAUGUACCAGAGAAGGUUGUUUCUGUGCUAGUUUCUCAUGCUCAAAAGUCUCAUGCUGAUGGGGCAGUUCCUCCAGUGAAUGCCACAUUCUUUGAGCCAACAUUAGCAUGUAAUCUUUCAACACUGAACUCAACAGAAAGGCCUAGGAAGUCCGAAGGGAUAAGUGGCAAAAAUCAAGAUGUUAUUGUUAUUGACGAUCAUGUGAGAGCGGUUCAGGAGGUUCACAAUGUUGUUGGUGAAAUGGUUGGUGCUAGUUUACAUGGCAGUAGAAGAUCUAAAUCAACAGCUAUAGUUGACCAAAUGUACAAUGAUAGGAAUAUAUUCAAUGAUCGAGAAGCUAGGGAAAAUUUGUUGGGAAAUCAACUAGAAGUGGCAAAUGUAGUCAGAAGUGAUGUUCAGUAUAUUGCAUCAAAGUUUUCACGAGCACUUGAUGUUUCAACUGCCCUUCCAUCUACAUUUGGUGCACAAUCAGACCUUGUUUAUGGACAUAUAGCUAGACGAAAUGCAGGUUAUUUUUACGUGGGUAGCACUGAUUGA